UAUUUUUAAUAGCAGACAAUCUUCUUUUUAUUUUAUAGAAAGAAGAAAGAACUCCACCUUUGACAGACACAAUACCCUUCUUCCUCCUAAAAUCAUAAGAAAAUAAAAAAGCUUCCUCAGCUCCAUUUGUAGGCACAGCAGUAAGUACACCUGGCAGGACUUUGGAGCCAAGCUGCAAGAGAUUGAUAAGCCUUCAUCAGAUUGCUUAAUUUCAGCACAGGGCUUGCAGAUACAGAGACAAAAGAAGAAGAAGGGGAACCAGAACCGGAAUCAGACUGUUGCAGUGAUAACCAUACCGGUUGCUCUUAAGAUCGCCAUUGAGUUUAGAACGAGGAGUUUGUCUCAGUCGCAGGAGAAGACGAUGAAAGUCAACAUCUUGCAGUGGCAUGCUGUUGCUUCAUGGACAUGGGAUGCACAAGAUGAAACAUGUGGGAUUUGCAGGAUGGCAUUUGAUGGUUGUUGUCCUGAUUGUAAACUCCCUGGGGAUGAUUGCCCACUAAUUUGGGGUGCAUGCAACCAUGCUUUCCAUCUUCAUUGCAUCUUAAAAUGGGUAAAUUCACAGACUUCUCAGGCGCAUUGCCCCAUGUGCCGCAGGGAGUGGCAAUUCAAAGGGUGAGAGAAAAACUGGAAUCACUUUUAGGGUUUUCCUGCUUGCUUUCUCUUUCUUCAAGUGCAGGGGUUGCCAAUGCAGGCUUGCAAUUGUUUGAUUAUAUACUGGUUGAUGUAAAGUCAAGCACCUCCUUUGUAUUUGUUUUGUAUUGGUUGAUGUAAACAGUAGCUACAAUCAUUUAUUAUAUUCCCCAAAACACAUUUAGCAAA